GAGAAAAGAUGGAAAGAAAAGAGCAGGAAAUAAAGGAAGAAUUAGCCGAAGGCAAAAGAACAAGACAAGAAAAGAAGAUAGAAAAGAAAACAGAAGGAGCAAACAACAAGGAAAGGCAAGAAGGAAUUAAUGAGGAAGAAGGAAGACAAGAGAAAUAA